GGUUGUCAACCUUGUUUUCUACGGCUGGCACACGUACAAUUGCUACUGGUAGGGUCAAUGACCUCCACUCGAUCGGUCUCUUUUUCGCGCAACUAUUAGACUAACUAAUACCACUUCGUACGGUAGUUUUCGAAACUCGAAUCAUCGACUCCACUUCACUCGCUUUGCAUGGAAUCUGGAGCUGCCAUACUAGUAGAGAAGUGGAAAUAGCUAGUACGAGCAGCCCAACAUGGACGAGGACGAAGCCGACGACAGAGACGAAGUGGAAGAAGGCCCGUCAAAGGAGGAAUGGAAUGCAGUCAGAAAGCUACUGAAGGAUGACGUGCUGUCAGGUCUUAUUCCAUAUGUGCUAAAAGAAAUGCGCCCAGCUGCUGUCUAUCAGAUGUAUGCAGAUGCAGCAAAUCCCAUUAUUGAGUGUGUAGACUAUGCCAACAAACGACAAAAUGCGAAGUUCACUCUGAUGCUUCGAACUCUUCGCAAUAAGCAUGCAAAUGGUGAUCUUGUAAACGAAGACAAGGCCAAGCCAAUCGUAUGGCGCAAGUCGGCAGCCAAGCAGUAUCUCAAGAAAGCAUUCCGGGAAGGCCUCAUUCCAGACAAUAUUUCCACAAACGAGGAUAUGGAGGAAAUUUGGAACGACCUUUGCAAGGAUCAACCUGCGUUUGCGAGAAUGGAAUUUGAUGCUGCUUUCAUUCGUAGACUCCAAGGGGUGAGAGAUGACUAUCUAAAAAAGGUGGUGAGGCGCGACAAUGAUGUGGCUGCCUACUUGGCCGCAAAGCAGAACCAUCCAACACCAGAAUUCAACAGUCGUGGGGAGCCACAGUGGAAUGGGUCUCAAGCCCAGAAAGACUUGAAAGUGCUUGUUGCCAGUGGUGGCCACGAAAACAAAAAACCCAAAGAGCUCUGGGAGUGCAGGAGAGUUCUCAGGCCUAUCAAGUGUACCCCCUUUAUAUUUUCAGAGACCACAUCUACCAGGAAGAGAGGCUGCUGAAAUUUGAUAACUACACUGCAGCGCUGAAGCAGAAAAAGAUUGAUAAGUUGCAGUACUAGCCUAUUAAAUUAUUGACUAGCUAGCU